CCGCCGAGCAGAGCCGAGCCGAGCCGAGCCGAGCCGCGAGGUGCCGGGGAGAGGCAGGCAGAGCCUGCCGGUGGCUCCGCACCCUUCGUGCUGCGUUUCCCGGCUCGCUGUCUCCCUGCCUUUGCCCAGGCGCCCGCAAAACUUUUAUUGUCUCGGGCUCCCCCGGGGUGUGUGACGAAAUCGCAGCGCUCCGCUGUCGCCACGCUCGCCGGCACCGGCGAUCGAGGGGACGUGCAACCCUCGCCCGCCGCCGGGCUCUUGCUCCCUGCGCUUCCUCACCUGCCGAUCGCUCCCGGGAAUCGCGAGGGGGGACCCCCAAAAGAACCGCGAGGGCGUCGGUUCCCGGAAAUUCUGUUCACCGUUGCGGACCCGCUCGGCGCAACUUUAACUUGAUUCCUGUCGCCCACCCAGGGCACCCGCGGCGGCCGCCGCCGCCGUCGCUGCGGUCUCACAAAGAGCGCGGGGAAGGAAGGCGGCGCGGGCGGCGGGCACGGGCCUCGGGGCUGCCUAGACAAAAGGGAAACUGCCUUCGCUCUGGGCGCCUGUUCCGACCCGUCGUGGGUUCAUCCUCCCGGCCCGGGCUGCCUCUUCGCCUCGGUCCCUGCGGGCUGUGCCCGCAGAGCUCGGACCCUGCGAACUGCGGGGCGCGCGUCGCUGCUGCUGGUUGGGGCUCUAGGGAUAAUAAAUGAUAGAGGAUACAAUGACUUUGCUGUCUCUGCUGGGUCGCAUCAUGCGCUACUUCUUGCUGAGACCCGAGACGCUUUUUCUGCUGUGCAUCAGCUUGGCUCUGUGGAGUUACUUCUUCCACACCGACGAAGUGAAGACCAUCGUCAAGUCCAGCCGGGACGCGGUGAAGAUGGUGAAGGGCAAGGUGGCCGAGAUUAUGCAGAACGAUCGCCUUGGAGGACUUGAUGUGCUGGAGGCCGAGUUUUCCAAGACCUGGGAGUUCAAGAGCCAUAAUGUGGCGGUGUACUCCAUCCAGGGCCGGAGAGACCAUAUGGAAGAUCGCUUCGAAGUUCUCACCGAUUUGGCCAACAAGACGCACCCGUCCAUCUUCGGGAUCUUCGAUGGGCACGGCGGCGAGACUGCAGCCGAAUAUGUAAAGUCUCGACUCCCAGAGGCGCUGAAGCAGCAUCUUCAGGAUUAUGAGAAAGACAAAGAAAACAGCGUUCUGUCUUACCAGAGCAUCCUGGAGCAGCAGAUCCUGUCCAUUGACCGAGAAAUGCUGGAGAAGUUGACGGUAUCCUAUGACGAAGCAGGCACAACGUGUUUGAUUGCUCUGCUGUCAGAUAAAGACCUCACCGUGGCCAACGUUGGUGAUUCUCGGGGAGUCUUGUGCGACAAGGACGGGAACGCCAUUCCCUUGUCACAUGAUCACAAGCCUUACCAGCUGAAGGAGAGGAAGAGGAUAAAGAGAGCUGGUGGAUUCAUCAGUUUCAACGGCUCCUGGAGGGUCCAGGGAAUCCUGGCUAUGUCUCGAUCCCUGGGAGAUUAUCCACUGAAAAAUCUCAAUGUGGUCAUCCCAGACCCAGAUAUCCUGACCUUCGACCUGGACAAGCUGCAGCCCGAGUUCAUGAUCUUGGCAUCAGACGGUCUGUGGGAUGCUUUCAGCAACGAGGAGGCAGUUCGAUUCAUCAAGGAGCGCUUGGAUGAACCUCACUUCGGGGCCAAGAGCAUCGUCCUGCAGUCCUUCUACAGAGGCUGCCCCGACAACAUCACAGUUAUGGUGGUGAAGUUCAGGAAUAGUAGCAAAACGGAAGAGCAGUGAGUCCCACGGGCUCUCAGCUGCCCUAGACCAGAGGACUCUCGACCUACUGUUCUCUUAAUAUAGGAAAAGGUGUGGGAUUUAUAAUUAGGAUCAUGUGUCCCAACAAAGAGCCCCUUCCCUGGCGACCUUGAAUCCCUACCAAGUGAUGAGCAAGGAGUUCCCUGGCUGACAUUGUGGAGGGGCUGGGAAGAGUCUGUGUCCCCCCAGCCCCUCUUACCAGUGUUUGAAAUGCACCUAUAGGUAGCCAUCGACCCCCAGACACAAAGCAAAAGGAAGUUAGGCCGUGUAUUCCCUUUAAUGUUCUUUUCAUGAUCUUUUCUGUGGUCCUUCAGCUUCCUUGGUGUCCUCUUGGCACCCGUGGGCAGGGCAGGCAGGUGGGUAGCUGCAGGCACCAUGCCAGGGCAUCUCCUGGCAGUGUGGUGGUGGUACCCUCCACCUAGCAGCUCCCUUGGAAAAGUUUUCCCCUUCUGAGCUUGUGUCUUCGGUACUCCGGCAGCCUACGGAGGAGACUGGCGACACUUUAUUUGUUGCCUGCUCUUGGAGACUGAGGGAUGCAGAGAGGAUGGGGGGUCGGUGGCAGCUUCCUGCACCCCAGACAACACCCCUUCCCCAUCCCUUCCUUCAUUAGUGUAGGAGACUCCGGAGCCCAGGGGGCACAGCUUUCCCAUUUGCCCACACCUCACAAUGCGUCAAGGGCAGCCGCUGACUUCACCAAGAACCCACAGAAAGGGAUGAAGCGGGGUGACAAGCAGUGAGGAAUAAGGCUGAGAGGAGUCUCAGUGCCCCCAUGGAGAUGCGCUGUCAGCGUUGGAAAGGCAGACAUGAACCCAGGGAAUCUCCUCUCCACUUCACCCUCACCGGCUUCUGCUUUUUCCACACAGCCUUCCCGAGCCCAUCCCGGUGGCUUUCACGUCUUUCCAACAGUGUUGGGAGAAACAGCAGCCUAGAAUCGCCCAAGUGCUGUUCCCAGCCACCCCAAAUUGGUAUUUGGCGGCAAACCACCAAGACAUGCUUUCUGGCAAGAGAAAGGCCUUUCAUCUUUGGCUGCAAAUCUCUGUCCAUACCCAGUACGUUCCCCAGGCAAACACAAACGGACUGCAAUAGCCUGGAUGGGGGGGAAAUAGCAGACGGGCACCUGGGGGCCCUGUGUGCGCUGGCAGCAGAGCUGGCUGGGAAUGCAAGCAAGAGCCCCAAGAGGUGCGCAGCACAGUUAUCUGGGGGUGUGGCCUGCCGCUCUGCCCUUCUUAACACCAAAGCUGAGGGGUUUUCCCCGGUCUCUGUGCUUUAUAAGUUAAUUGGCUGUCCUUGACUGAUUGAACCAGUCCCAAACAACCACGAUUUUCACUGUAGACCCACACUCGGAGCCCGCCUGGUUUUCUUUCUCAGGAUGGGUGUUUGUCAGCAUGGCCUCUCAAGGCCCACCCAUUAGCCAUCCCUGCCCCGGUGCCCAGCCCUCUGUCCUUCAGCUGCAGAGUUUGCCCAAAGCCCAGAGGACAAAAGGUUACUUUGUACUCCGAGGACUGCAGACUGUCUCGACUCCUCCAGGAACUUGCUUUUCUUUGACUGCAUUGAGAAUUAAUAAUGGUUUCCCAGGGAAUUUGCUUACUUUUGUAUCUUGUGUUUUCAACAUUGGAAUUAGGGUCUUAGUUACUGCUGUUCAAAAUGUUCUAGUGCAAAAUACAUUCUCUCAUGUUACAUGAGUGCAUUGGCCUGUGGUGACAUGGACACAUGGAUGUAAAUUCUGGGUCAGUGAUGGAGAUUCGCUUGUUGACUUAGGAUGCUCUAGAGUCCCCACAGCGCUUCCUCUAAAACUCCAGAUUUGACAGUCCAUAUGGGCAACAAAAACUUUUGUUUCUGUAUUUGCUUAACACAAAAGUGUAUGAAACAGGAGGGAAAAAAAUAAUUUGAGAAACAUUUUUAGUGUAAAGAAAAAAAUGAGAUACUGAAAUAAUGUUUGGGUGAAGAAAAAAAGGGAAGAUACCAAAUUAGUCCACUGGUAUCUCUUGAGCACGCGGGCGGUGCUGCCUGCACUGGUUACAAAACCUUCUGAUUGAGGUUUAUGGGCAGCUUGUAAUUUUGCUUUGAAGACGUAACUUAUUUCUAACUGCAACCAAAUAGAGUGUAUAUCAUAUAUAUAUAUAUGAUAUAUAUAUCAAAUAGAGUAUAUAUCAUAUAUAUAAAUAUAAAUUUCAUAUUCCUUUCUUGCCUCUUCCCCUCCCCCAUGGCUUGUAGACUUUUUUUAAAGCUAGAAAUGCUAAGCAGGAUAGUAGCGGUUUGAUGAAUAGUUACAUAUCCACCAGAGUACCCUUGCCUUCCCCAUGUCCUUCUGGAAUGCUCCCUUCCUGACCUGUGUCCAGCUGUGGGGAGUCUGCAGUUGGUUGUGGCUGGGCACCUUGGCCACCCCCGUCCUCCAGCGGCUCUGGCAGGGUGGAUCUAGCUGCAGGAGAAACGGAUCUGAGGGAGAACUUGUGAGGCUUCUGUAAACAGCACUGCCAAGCUUGGGGAUCAUCCCCCAAGGCUGCCCGGACUUCCUGCCCAGCCUGAGUUCGAAUUGCCAAUCGUCCCCACAGUGCCAAAUCUCGGGAGGGUUUUACAGUGUUUCAGAAAUACAGCUGAUGCCGGUCCCAGGCCCCGCUAACCACUCCCUCCGCUGCUGCUUUCCUGGCAAUUUGUACUCUUUGGGUGGGGGAGAGGGAGGGGAAGGGAGGGCAGGGAAAGGGUUUUUAACAAUUCACUGCAUUUGCAGUUACCUAAUCAUAUAAAUAAACUAUACUAACCUAGAACAAUCCAAAGCUUGUCCCCAGGAUUUGUAUUUUUUUUUUAAUGUGACCAACUUUGCCCCAGUCAAUCUGGAUCACUGACGUACCACGUGACUCUAUGUACUUAUUCCCAGUGGCCAGUGUUAACUUCUGUUCCUUGCUGUGACCCGGAGGGACCGGCCUCUUGAAUCUGAUAUGUGUCAAGAACAUUGCCAAGAGAAGGUUCCAGCAUAGAGCUUCUGCAGUCUAGGUAUCUCAGGCAUGCUUUGUGGCACACAAGUGUAGUGAUUUGGACAUUCUGCACAGAGGCAAAUGCACAGGGGUGCUGGUGUUGCUGUCCUGGUGUUGCUGUUCUGACCCUCUCUGAAGUGGCUCCAGGGAUCCGGCUACACUGUUGCCUAGAGUAUCUGGAAAUGCGUGAAGGGCUCACCGAAGGCGUGCCUCUUUUUCCUUUGCCAGGUGCACUUGGUUUCUCCUGUGGUUUUGUUGUUUCUCUUCAUCAUCUUCUUCUUGACUUCAGAAAUGCUUUUCCCUCCUUUGACCCAUCAUUACAUAAUCUUCCCAGAGUCGUCACCCAGAACUGCCUGGGUCUAUCACAGCAGCAUCCCCGUUUAGCUCUGGAAAAGACACCAGUCCAACGCUCCCGUGGAGGCCGUAAAGUGUAAAAUGUGAGCUGCUUCUGGCUAAAUCAUAUUUAUGGAGGCCUUUGGGCUAGCUGGAUGUACCUUGCAGGAACAGAGGAAUCUAAUGGCCCUCGAUACAGAAGAACACAUAUUCUAGAGAUGAUUUUCCAUACAUGGUUUCAUUGUCACGGGAGUCAGGGAACAAUACUUCAUAGUCCACAAUAAACUCGUAACUAAGCUAAAUGUCAUACAGGAGAGGAGAAAACGCUUACAGAGCCCUAAUACCGUGUCUGUGAGCUUCUUGUUUUCCCAAUUAACUCAAUCCCAGAAAACUCUAGCCCUUCUGACAUUGCAAUGGGCUCCUAACUACCACUUUGGGAUUAGUGACGGUACAGUGUGUAAGCCAGAAGUACUGAGCCUUCCACCUGCGAGGCUGGGGUCUAAGAUGACCACAAGAGUCUCCCAUUGACGGCAGAAGCCCAGAAGUCGUACCUGACACUAUAGAUGCGCUCUCCCUCCCGUGAGUAGGAAGCAGGGGCUUUGUCUGGCUGGACAGUUCUCAACUGUGCUACCACGGCUUUCGGUUGUUCCUCUGCGGCUGUCUUUGCUUUCCAGAUUAAAGCAAAAUAUUUUUCUCUCAUCGUUGAUACACACACAUACACACACACACACACACACACACAUACAUAUAUAUCAGGACAAGUGCAUUCUUGAUUUUAAUCACUUUUGAUAUUUUAACUAUUUUUAAAUAUAUAAUAGAAAUGUCAGCUGUUAAUUUUAGCACAUAUUACUAUCUUUCCCUUGUUCACUACAGAUUCCGUGAAAUAAUUCGCAAUUCAGAGCUCAUGCAUCCUGAAAUUCAUAUCCUUUCAGAUCACACACACACGCGUGCGCACACACACGCGCGCACACACACACACACCUACCUGUCAAGUCUGGCAGCUUAUAAGCCUCGGCCAUAUUUCCCUAGCCAUCAUUAUCCUCAGCCUGGUCAGUUUGCUCUGGAAGUUGUGGCAAGUAACCCCAAAACAAUGGGUGAAACAGAAAUGGUAAAUCUGGGGUAAAGUCACUCAUUUAAAAUUGCAUCCAAGAUUUUGAGGGAAUAUAUCACCUAUACAAUAUAAAAUACUAAAACCUAAAGCUAAAAAUAGCAUCCCUUAGGCUAGGUUGCAGAUUGCAAAGGGCAAGGGCCAGUUGGUACAGUGAGGUCCAUGGGUACGUUUCGAAAUGUUCCCUAAUACAGAAGCUUUUGCAGGUUCUUAGUAACGCUAGGGCUUUGUCCAUUAUCUGUUUGAUUUCCCACUGUUAAGCUGCAUACUAGUAAGCCAGGUGUUAUAAUCAUUUUAUACAUCUGGUAAUAACUAUACAUCAUGUGUAGAAUCUGAGUUAAUGUCAGUGAGAAGAGCAUGUGACAAGCAUUUUGACAAGUCAUCAUGGGCAUUUUUGCUGUGCAGAAUUACACCGGGAAACCAGCAUGAAGCAGAGGAACAGAUCAUAUUUAGGACUAUAUUCCCAUUUGUUUCCAAAGUCUUAAUAUUGUUUAACCAUAAAAUCCUUACACAUUUGACACACUGAAAUGAAUUUUGAAAGCCUCCAAAGACAGGCAUCCAGCACAAGCAGAAUAUUUAAUGGUUCUGGUAGCAGCUUGGGGCUAGGCAGGUUUUGAGGAGGGGCAGGAAAAUCGGCCGGUUCCUCUCAGUGUCUCAACCCAUGAGGAACUUUACCAACCACAUGUUCUCACAACACUCCAGACAAUCCAGAUGUCGAAUGGGAGAGCAUGCAUCCUUCGGACAAUUUAAUUAGCUCAUUUGUAAUUUAAAGUGUGUUCAUGAAGAAGUAAAGGGAAAAGCCGUGGUCCAGGGAUGGAGCGGUGGGGCAUGGGAGAAGCCGUGGUCCAGGGAUGGAACAGUGGGGUGGGGGGGAAGCCGUGGUCCAGGGAUGGAACAGUGGGGCGUGGGAGAAGCCGUGGUCCAGGGAUGGAGCUGUGGGGCGUGGGAGAAGCCAUGGUUCAGGGAUGGAGUGGUGGAGCCUGAGUUCAGGGAAACCGAAUGUGACUUAUCUUAACUGUGGCUCUGCAGGUGCCUGCACAUUGCAGCUUUGGAUAGUGACUUUGGCUUCUGUACGAAGCAUGGAUUUUCAACAGUGCAAGCAAGGUGUGAACCGAGCCCUGCUCCCUUUUGUCCCAGUGAUCUGGUAGAUAGCUCUCACCCAGCACUGCCCUAAGCAUGCCGCCAUCUUCUAUUCCUGUCCAAACCCUGGAUGUGGUUUUUCUUAGAACUUUCUCAUUUUCAAAGUAAUGUCCCUCUUUAUACUUAAAAAAAAAAAAUACUAACAGAGAUGAAAUAGCUUGAACAUGCUGGUCAUUUUCCAGAUAUCAGCUGUCAACAGGGAAAACAGUGACGACCUGGUUGAUAAUAGGCAGUUUCAUGGGAAAAAACUGUGGGAUAAUUUAGCAUUCUUCAUGUGAUACAGAGUUAUGCUGCUCUCGCCAUUUUUAACUAGCCCAUAAAAAUCAUGUAUUAGACAUCUUUAUGGUGGGUGGAUGAUACAGUUUUAAAUCUGCCUCAACCUGGGUUAGGGCAAAGAGGGACUGAUUAGAAUGAUACAAAGAAUUCUGCCAUAUGGGGGGAACCUAAUCCCUGGAACAUUGAGUGAGACUAUAAUACUCGAGCAGUGGUGGUGCGUGCCUUUAAGCCCAGUACUCAGGAGGCAGAGGCAGGCCGAUCUCUGUAAGGUUGUGGUCAGCCUGGUCAACAGAGUGAGUUCCAGGACAGCCAGGGCUACACAAAGGAACCCUGUCUCGAAAAAAGAAAACAAAACAAGAAAAGAAUAUUAUACUCUCAUACAGGCUUCUGGUCCCUGUGUAUUUUUCAUCUGGGCCCCGGUAUCUUAAGACACACAUUCAAAAAGUUGGAAAAAAAAAUGCCACAACUCCAUUUCAGAGCUCCUGAAUUCUUAGCUCUUACCAUGUUCUUUUAAAGCUGUGGCUUUGUAGGCGAGACUGGGACAAGCUCCCAAAGGGAGAGUGGAAAGUUAGGACAGGGAGUACUUAGGGACCAGAAGGAGAGGGCAGGACUACUCAGAGGGAGGGACAAUGGAACCUACAGUUGGUUAAAGUCUGAGAAUCCCCAUUUCUGGUAACUGACUUUUCCGUGUUACUGUCUGAUUGUGUUGAGCGCGUUACAGUCUGGUUGUGUUGAGCGCCGCCCCUCCCCAGGUUCUUCGACUGUGGUUUUACCUCUGUUUCUAUACGAACACCUUUUAGACCAUGGGUUGUCUAUCAUAGAAACACUCUGAUUAACACAUGACUUCACACUUAGCCUGUGCACUGUUUUAUCACAGAAGGUGAGAGAAUGUGGCUGACCAGUCCUCGAGCCUGAGAAGGACAGUGCUGGGCACAGUCUCAGCGGUGACCUGGUAGAAGCCCGGCUGCCUGCCCUCCAGAGAGUGAGGACAGGGAGGAAUGAGAACACUGAACCAUGUGCUUUUUCUAUUUCUGAUCUCAAGAGACUCUAAACUGUAAUGAUCUCAUGCCCCAAAAGACAACUGAAGACUGAGUGUGUUUAUCAUUGGUCUUCCUGACUAUGUAGAUGGAGAAUUUGCCCUUUGGAAAGCUAGCAUAUGUCAGGAGUAUAGUUACUUCUUAACUUCAAAUGCAAACAAACACUAAAUGACAGGUUUUUUAAAACAAUAAUAACAUAAAUGGUCUCUUAGCAUUACACAUUCCAGGUUCUAAACAUAUGAUUUUAAGUUUUAUACUUUGAACAAGAAUAGUAAAAUCUGCAUGGGGGAGGAACCAAAAAAAAUCAGACUUUUUUUUAACCAAAGAAGCAUCACCUUUAACGUUUGCCAACCCCAUCCUUCCCUAAGCUGUCUGACCCGCUGAGUUCAGUCCUUUGCCUAGGCAGAGUAGACUGGUAAGAACCAGCUUCUCACUGCACUCUGGAGUCAGCUGUUGUUUUUAAUCACAAGCACUUGCAGAAGAAACCUCACCAGCUUCUAAUAAGAUUAAGACCGUAGGUGGGGCCAAGUUUUUAAUAAAGGAGGAAGAGAAAGGGGAAGAGGGAAAGACUGUACCAGCUGCGCAGUAGUUUCUGUGAGUGGUACCACAGCUCAGCAGUUCCGAGAGCACCCUGUGCGGACUGUGGAAAUGCUGGCUUUGGAUAAGCUGUUCUUUAUAUCCGUUUGACAUCAUGGAAUUCUUCGCAUUGGCAGCAUUUCCUUGCUACGUUAAAUGUCAGAAGGGGUUGUUUAUCAGAAGGUACCAAGAUCCACAAUGUAUCAGUCUCACAAUGUAUCAGCCAUGUUUAAAAACUCCUGACAUUAUGUUUAAUGAUGAAGUCACACGUCGGUGUGACAGCUGCAUCACCCAGGCUUUCCGAAGUCAAUCCCUAAAACCCAUCUGUACAUCAAAACCUCGCGGGAACCUCAGAGUGCUGGGAGCCACUUAGAGCUUUUCACUUGCACUGUUUGUACUUGUUGCGGAGACGCGUGAGGAACAAGGCUGCAGUGGGUUUGGGAGGAGCUCAGAGUCGGUGGCAAUGUAGUCACUCAAGAUGCAUGGCGUGUCACUUGGUCCCUAUGAUGUGCUGGAUACAGUUGACGUUGUGGAGGUUGCUGUGCAAAUGCAAUCGCUCAUUCUAUGUUGUAUACAAAGUGAACAGCUAAAGGAGAGAAGGUCAACACAUUAAAGCUAUUAAACUGUU